AUGGGUAAAGAGACUCAGUUGGAGAUUACCAAUUGCGGAGUCAGUGAUCACGGUUCUCCACCUAUCAAGAUCGAUGAGCACGAGGCACCACGUUACAGUUCUGACAAAGACACAGGUUUACCAACUUGCCGUGUUUGCCAAUGCGCAGAAUCCGAUAGAAGAGGAGAUGCUGCGUUAGGAUUUUUGGGUAUUACUCCUCCGGUUUCAGAACAUCGUAGAAGCAGUGCGGGCGAAGAAACUGAUGAUCAGAAAAGCUCGGUUGUCAAAUCAAGCAGAUUCAUCGAACUUAUAAGUCCGGAUGGAGAAGUUUUUGUUUGUGCAAACGACGAUAUAGAAAUGGGAGCAUGGCAGCAUAGAGAUAAGUUGCUAGAACUCGGAUGUUCUUGCAAAAAUGAUCUUGCUUUGGUACACUACGCUUGCGCAUUGAAAUGGUUUGUUAGCCAUGGAUCAACCGUUUGUGAGAUAUGUGGAAACAUCGCUGAGAAUAUAAGAACAGUCGAUUUCAACAAAGUGGUUAUCGCCUUGAAAGAUUACGCAGCGCUAAGAGAAAGAACAGCAGAUGGAGAUCCUAAUCCUGUAGCGGUCAGCAACAACACUAGUUCUUCAGGGAUCGAUCCUGACGCAGUUGCAGCCAUUAGAAGACAACGGCUUAGUGAGAUUUCAUUAUGGUUUGGUCCUCAUUGCCCCAAUAACAAUAGUAGUAGUCAUUCCGCGGCUGCUACAGCGGCAUCUUCUCAGGUUGUAUCCGAACAACCUUUGGGUAUAGUAAACUUUGAUAUCUUGCCCAUGGAGAGCCGUGCGGCUAAAUGGGCUGUCGAAGGUACAGGGAUACUUCUCGCUACCGGAUUACUCACUGUUACUUUGGCUUGGCUCAUUGCUCCUCGUGUCGGAAAGAGAACUGCAAAGAGUGGACUGCAUAUACUCCUUGGUGGACUCUGUGCGUUGACAGUAGUCAUCUUCUUCAGAUUCGCAGUGUUGACUAGAAUCAGGUACGGACCGGCACGGUAUUGGGCAAUCUUGUUCGUGUUCUGGUUUCUUGUGUUUGGGAUUUGGGCUUCACGUUCACAUGCUUCGUCUCACUCUUCCAAUUGA